CACUCUUGUCGCAACUACACCUCGUACUUAAUAGUUACAGCUUUUCCAUCUAAUUCCCGCCUGUUCACCCGCCAUACUCUUCCGAUGGUUGUCGAAUCUCCCGUUUCCCUAACCUUUUCGGAUAUGGAACUUCUUACCCCACCACCCCCCCCACGGCAACCCGUGGUCAGACAUCUCUCGGCUCCCCUAGAAUCUCUCCACUCACCCUUGAGGCACCACCGACGUGCAGCUUCCGUCGGGAGACCGCCUGUCCGAGAAACCUUAAACGCGAGUCUAUCAUACGAAGACGAAGACGGAAUUAGAGUGAACCAGUAUCUCAUCAAGCAAGAAAUUGGACGAGGUUCUUACGGUGCAGUUCACGUGGCAGUGGAUCAAACCGGUCAAAAAUUUGCAGUCAAAGAGUUUUCCAAGUCGCGGCUUCGGAAAAGGUCGCAGUCUCAAAUUCUAAGGAGACCCCAUCAUGCUCGUAGGAGAGGCGGGAUCAUGAGCAUGCCUCCUGCCUACGGGCGAUCUGCUUCCGAAAUACACAGACAGGAGGAAGCUGGUAACCCCCUUUACCUCAUUCGGGAGGAAAUUGCGAUUCUCAAAAAGCUUCAUCAUGAAAAUGUGGUGCACUUGGUUGAGGUAUUGGAUGAUCCGGAAGGUGACUCUCUCUACAUGGUGUUGGAGAUGUGUGAGAAGGGAGUGGUGAUGAAGGUUGGGCUGGACGAUACCGCCGAACCCUAUCCAGAAGAGAAGUGUAGAUUGUGGUUCCGGGAUAUGAUACUUGGUAUCGAGUACUUGCAUUCUCAAGGGGUUGUCCACCGUGAUAUUAAGCCCGACAAUUUGCUUCUCUCGAAAGACGAUGUCCUCAAGAUCGUCGAUUUCGGGGUAAGCGAGAUGUUUGAGAAAAAAUCCCAGAUGCUAACAGCAAAGUCGGCUGGGAGUCCUGCAUUCCUGCCGCCGGAGUUGUGCGUUUCCGGUCACGGAGAUGUGAGUGGAGCCGCUACUGACAUCUGGGCGAUGGGUGUGACGUUAUAUUGCCUGUUGUUUGGCAAACUUCCGUUCAGCCAUUCCGGCGUCGUCCAGCUUUACGAAGCGAUCAAAAACGACGAACCCUUCAUUCCCGAUGGCCUCAAUCCUGAUGCUGCGGAUCUUCUGAGAAGGCUUCUUGAGAAAGACCCGGAUAAACGUAUCAAAAUGCCAGAAUUGCGGGGGCAUCCUUGGGUUACCCGUAAUGGAGAAGAUAUGCUUUUGCCCGAGGAGGAAAACACUUCUGAAGUAAUUCCUUCACCAACCCCUGAAGAUGUAGCAUCUGCUAUCACCAGAAGCAUCCGUAAUGUUAUGGCAGUGGUCAAAGCUGUUCAAAAAUUGAAGCGCUUGACUCUCAAACGCUUCCGGCACCCAUACCUAUCUGCCAAAGAUGGCCCCCUAUCAGUUGACGAUCUUCCGGCCCGGUCGAAGACCUAUGACUGGGAUAACCGGAGGCACUUAGAACAGAAGAUCGCUGUGUCAGGCGUUACGAAAGAUAUGUCCGUGGUCAGCAUCAGUCAGACCCCGCAAAAACCCGAUAGUUCGGCUGCUGGAAACGAGGAUACUGAAAUGGCGGACAGCAUUCAACUCAAUGUUGAGUGCCAUCAUUUUGGAAUUUCAGAAACGGUAGAUUCGCCCAUGGAGGAAAGUCCACCAUUAUUUAACGAAGUGCCAAAGGGCCAGGCAAUAUCUCCAUUGGAUGAGGAGCCGCACUUUCUUCAGAUUGGCGUAGGAAGCGACCAACCGGCAGGGGAGGCGUCGAGAGUGAUCAGUGAAUCUCCUCCCCCAACUGAGGAGAAUGUCUACGCAGAGGCAUAUCGAGAGGAUGUGGCACGUAUCAUGGAGGAGCGAGGGCAAUCGGCAACAAUUUACCUCACAAAAUGGGUAGAGUAAUAUGUCACACAUAAGAAUUGAAUAACGGAGGCAGCCCCGCCACCGCCUGCAUUUUUUUUUUUUUCACAAGCUCACUUUGCGGUGAAAUCAAGCUCAACAGACCCCGGAUGUGCGGGGUUAGAGAAAAUGAUGAAUGGUCUGGGCGCUGAGUGGUUCAUUGGAUUUCCGGCCUGGGAUCUUUGUGAUGAUCGGACUUUUUUUGAUUUUUUUUUAGCCCGCUCUCUUUUCUAUCUUUUCUAUCUGUGGGGUUCAAGUAGGGAUGCAAUGCUUUGCAGUAUGAUGCUGUGAGGGGUGCUGUUGCGGUAGUGUAUCGCAGCGUACGGUAUUGAUAAGUGAAUUCAUACAAGCAUUCUAAUUUU